GAAAUAGGGGUUUUCAGAGAAAUACACAAAUGAUAUGAUGAUGAAUGAGGGAUGAGAGCAGAUAUAAUGAUCACACUGUUUAAAGCUGCAGACAGAAACAUCAGACUCAGGACAGAAACACACGACCUCUAAAAAAUGGAGCAAACUCUAUAUUUCAUUCUUCUUCUCAUUGCUCUCUGCUCCGUAUCUGAAUGUGUUCAGCGUCAGUAUCACUUUAUAAACGUGACGAAGACCUGGACUGAAGCUCAGAGAUACUGCAGAGAGAAUUACACAGAUCUGGCCACCGUUGACGACAUGAACGACAUGAAUGAGCUGAACAAGAGUGUGAAUGAUGGACAUGUCUGGAUUGGGCUGGAGAGGACGAGUGUUGAUAAAUGGCAGUGGUCUUCAGGUGAUCCUGCGCUCUAUCAGAACUGGGGAUCUGGACAACCUGAUGGCAGAGAUGAGAGGUGUGCUAUAAUGAGAGAUGGACAAUGGCAUGAUUUCCCAUGUAGUAGCAGCCUGACUUUCAUCUGCAGUUCAUCUAACAACACGAACACAGGACUCAUCUUUGUCAAUCAGGGGAAGAAUUGGAGAGAAGCUCAGAGUUACUGCAGACAGAAUCACACUGAUCUAGUCAGUGUGAGGAACCAGAAUGAGAGUCAACAGCUUCAGAAGUUCAUCAAUGAGAGUCACUUAUCUGGAUCAAGGGUCUGGAUCGGUCUGUUCAGAGACUCAUGGCAGUGGUCAGAUCAGAGUAACUCCUCAUUCAGAUACUGGAAGUCUGAUGAACCUAAUAAUUUUCAAAGUAAUGAAAACUGUGGAGAGAUUUUUCCGAACGCUCAGGGACAAUGGAAUGACAUCUCUUGCGACAACCAGUUUCCUUUUGUGUGUCAUGAAGAUAAACUGAUUCUGAUCAAAGAGAAGCUGACGUGGUCUGAAGCUCUGCGAUACUGCAGACAGAAUCAUGUGGAUCUGGUCUCGGUUCAUUCAGAAGAGAUUCAGCGUGAGGUGAUGAAUGUGGUUAAACAGGCGUCUACUGAGGCGGUGUGGUUGGGUUUGCGUCACUCCUGCACUGUGGGCCUCUGGUUCUGGGUGAGCGGACAGACCGUGUGCUAUCAGAACUGGGCGUUUGAUGAUUCAGAGAACUGUGAUUCUGCAGUGAGAUCUGGAGCAGUUCAGUCUGGAGAAAAUCAGCGCUGGAUCAGCCGUCCUGAGACUGACAGACUCAACUUCAUCUGCAGCAGAUAUGAAGAGUGAAUGGAUACACAUAUGUUUCAUGUAAGAUAACAAAUGCUUGUGUGUUCACUUCCUUUAACUUCAGUUUAAUUCAUCACAUGGUUUGUUGUGAAUCAUUCAGCACACUUAUCAAACUGCCAAAGUCACAUGAUUUCAGUAAACAAGGCUUUGUUACUUUUUUAAACAUUUUGAAAUGUUAAUGGUUUGCCGCUAUCAUCUCUGUGAACCAGUGUCUUUAUGGUUACACAAUAAAAUAAAAGAUACUUACACAGUAGGGUAUCAUGUAAGACUAAAUAAACAGUUUCAAAUAUUGACGUUUGUUGUUCAAUUGUUAAUUGUUAAGAGAUUUGACAUCCAGAACCGCUGUUUGGAUGUCAAACAGCGGUUCUGGAUGAUUAAUUGAAUUAAUUGAAUUUUGUGAGGGGUCAAAGGGCAUCAAAUACUCAUCAUUAUACUGUAAUUCAUGUAACUGAGUUUUUUUUAAGUUCCUCAUUUGUGUUUUAAGGAUCUCUGUGGUACUUCUCUCUCUUAUUUUGAGUUUCAUGUAUUAAUCAUGACUUUAUAUUAGAAAUGACUGGAUGAAUGUGAAUCAAUGAGAACAUUAUGUGCCUCAGCUAAAUGAAAUACUGUUUAUUCAUGAAGGAGUGAAGGUUGGGUAUAAAAUAUCUAAUUCUUUUGUGCUGAACAUAAAAGAACGUGUCAACAACAGCAGCUCAAAUAAACUCACGUAUAACCAGCAAUCUCAUCUCUUGACUGUUUCCCAACAUCAGAAUGAUCAUUAUAUCACAAAAUCCAACAUGGUUUAAAUC